GUCUAUAAUCCGAAUUUAUGUUCAAAAUUAUACAAAGAUUUAUAUAACUUGAAAUCAAUAAAUAUUAACCUCAAAAUAAAAAUGAACAAUAAGUCAAGGAUUUUCUAAGAUGUUCUAUUUAUUUCGAUAUUCCAAGCAAGAGUUGGUAAUCAUUAAAACUAAUAUCUUAUCGAUUAUCGAAAAAAGAUUAUAGGAAAAAAUGUGUACGUCAUAUUGGGGAUACAAAUUUAUUUAAACAAAUACAAUUCCAAUACUGAAAGCAAGCAGUAUUAUAAGGAAUUUUAUUUCUCUAACAUCUCCAAGUAAUACUUAUUGAAUAUAUUUUUAUAAAAAGACAUUCAUAGAGGUUAAAUAAUUGCUCAAAAAUGGCUCAAAGUGCUUCUCUUUUAACACGUAUAAUGGCUACUUCUACAUUGGCUGCAGCACGGGCAGGAAAAAUAAUUCGUGAAGUUAUGGAUCAAGGAAAAUUAAAAAUUGUAGACAAGGGUAAAAAUGAUUUACAAACUGAAGCUGAUCGAUGCGCACAGAAGUGUAUUAUAACUUCUUUAAGUCGACUAUUUCCAAACAUUACUAUUAUCGGAGAAGAAGAACCAAAUAAUUGUGAAAUACCAUCCGAUUGGAUUGUUACCGAUGUGGAUGAAGAUAUGUUGAAAUUGAAAUUACCAUCACAUCUUGAGAACGUAGAUCCAAAAGAUAUAUGUGUUUGGGUAGAUCCUUUAGAUGGAACAUCUGAAUAUACACAAGGACUUGUAGAACAUGUCACUGUAUUGGUAGGAGUAGCAAUUAAAGAGAAAGCAGUCGGAGGUGUGAUUCAUCAACCAUAUUAUAAGGAUAAAAUAAAGGGUGAAUUAGGUCGUACAUUAUGGGGAAUCGAUGGAGUAGGAUAUGGUGGAUUUGAACAAAGUGCACCUCCCUGUGGAAAAAGAUUCAUUACAACCACACGUUCACACUCGAAUACAAAUGUUCAAGCUGCUAUAAAUGCUUUAAAACCAGAUGAAGUUAUUCAUGUGGGUGGUGCAGGUUAUAAAGUAAUCCUUCUUUUGGAGGGGAAAGCACAUGCCUAUGUAUUUGCUAGUCAAGGUUGUAAGAAAUGGGAUACAUGCGCACCUGAAGCAGUGUUGCAUGCAUGCGGUGGAACUUUAACUGACUUUUAUGGAGAAAAAUAUGCGUAUCAUCCUGAAACAAUACGUCCAAAUUUAAGAGGUGUUUUAGCUACUGCUCCUGCCGAGAAACAUCAGUGGUAUUUAAAUCAAAUACCAGAAGAAGUCAAAGAAUAUUUAGAAAAACGCAAGUAGUUUUUUUUAUGGUUAUACUUUUUAUAACAUUCCUCAAUGUGAAUUAGUGAUUUAUUUAUUAUAUAUUAAUUAAUAAUUUGUAAUAUUUCUUUUCUAUAUUAGAAAAGUUAUUUAUGAUUUAGGUAUAUCAUAAUUGCAAAACAUUAAAUCUAUGAAUGAAUCAUGCUUAUAACUGUUAUAUCAAAUUUUAGCGGUUAAAAAUUUGUGAGAAGUAAUUCAUUUGUUUUUAUAUUAGCAGUGUUUAUUACUCUAUGGUAAUUAGUUGAAAAAUUGAUUAAAAUUAUAUAAAAUGUAGGGAAUAAUGAUUAAUUGGAAUAGGUAAUAAUAUGAUUAAUAUUGGGUAAAAAAAAAGAUUGAAUCUAUACUUAUACAAUUCUUAUUUAUGCGACUAGAAUAAUUGUCUUACAAUAAUGUCAAUAUUACACAAUUUGAUAUAAAAAUGUAUGGUAGUACUAUUACCAUAUUUAAUAAAAAUUGUAAAUUUU